ACGGCCACGGAGAUGUGAUCGAAGGUUGCCUAUUUUCCCGCGAAUUGCGAACAUUUUCAAACACGAUCUUCCUCAACUGCCGAUUUUCGUACGGCAUGGUCUAAAGGUUGGAGAAAUUAGAUCCAGAUCAGCAUCAUGAGUUUUCUGAAUACUCUACAAGAAUACGUCAGUAACAGUGUAGCCGGAUUAACAUUAAAAAGUCCUAAACGGUUUUCGUUGACACGUACCGAUACUUCCGAACCGUCGAUAUCGUCGAGUUCCCGGAGUAACUCGGGGGACAGUAACACUCCGGGGUUUCCGAAAGUAAUACCGACUCCGGGCGCGGUUGCACCCAUCCAACGUCGUAGAAGUACCUUGGAGUGCCCGAUACCGAAUCCGCCGCGUCGACCCGGGUCUUUUCGACAAAAAUCUCCGCGGGCUACUCCAGAAAGGCAAUUCAACUUUUGUUGCAGAAGACAGAGCUGGCCGGAGAUUGAUCAUCAAGUUUCUUCUGGUGUACAAGAAAUCGACGGAUCGUAUUUCGAAAGUUUCACCGCGUUAGCGUGGAAACAGGAAAAUCAGAGACAGAGCAUUUUGAAAUUAACCGAAACGUCUUCAUCGGAUCCCCCGCCGCCGGAAUCGGAGCUUGGGAUCACGCCAAUCGACUAUAAUUCUUCUCAACAUGAAAAGGAUAAACUUUACGUCGAAAUGCUCUACACAAUUGCCAAUACA